GUGAAGAACGUGAACCAUCCGUGUUUAGAUACUUACUUCCAAUAUAAAAGGAAAGGGUGGUGUAUGGAUGCUACUAGUGAAUUAGAUGUUGGGCCUCGGCUAGGUCGUCUGGUGAACCACGGUGGUAAAGGUAAAAAUUGUGUUAUGAAAACCCUGGAGUUCAACAAAAGGCCAUAUCUUUGCUUGUUUGCUGCUAAAGAUAUUCCACAAGGUGAAGAGUUACUGUAUGAUUACGGCAUUAAGGAUUUGCCUUGGGAGAAUUGGUGGCCGCUACUGACAAUCUGGAGAACAUGCUGGAGGCCCAGACUACAGAUAAUCUGGAGAACAUGCAGGAGGCCCAGACUACAGACAAUCUGAAGAACAUGCUGGAGGCCCAGACUACAGAUAAUCUGGAGAACAUGCUGGAGGCCCAGACUACAGACAAUCUGGAGAACAUGCAGGAGGCCCAGACUACAGACAAACUGGACAACACGCUGGAGGCCCAGACUACAGACAAUCUGGAGAACAUGCUGGAGGCCCAGACGACAGACAAUCUGGAGAACAUGCUGGAGGCCCAGACUACAGACAAUCUGGAGAACAUGCAGGAGGCCCAGACUACAGAUAAUCUGGACGAAAUGCUGGAGGCCCAGACUACAGAUAAUCUGGAGAACAUGCAGGAGGCCCAGACUACAGACAAUCUGGACAACACACUGGAGGCCCAGACUACAGACAAUCUGGAGAACAUGCUGGAGGCAGAGACUACAGACAAUCUGGAGAACAUGCAGGAGGCCCAGACUACAGAUAAUCUGGACGAAAUGCUGGAGGCCCAGACUACAGAUAAUCUGGAGAACAUGCAGGAGGCCCAGACUACAGACAAUCUGGAGAACAUGCUGGAGGCCCAGACUACAGAUAAUCUGGAGAACAUGCUGGAGGCCCAGACUACAGACAAUCUGGAGAACAUGCUGGAGGCCCAGACUACAGACAAUCUGGAGAACAUGCUGGAGGCCCAGACUACAGACAAUCUGGAGAACAUGCAGGAGGCCCAGACUACAGAUAAUCUGGAGAACCCGCUGGAGACCCAGACUACAUAUAAUCUGGAGAACAUGCUGGAGGCCCAGACUACAGACAAUCUGGAGAACAUGCUGGAGGCCCAGACUACAGACAAUCUGGAGUACAUGCUGGAGGCCCAGACUACAGACAAUCUGGAGAACAUGCGGGAGGCCCAGACUACAGACAAUCUGGAGAACAUGCUGGAGACCCAGACUACAGACAAUCUGGACGAAAUGCUGGAGGUCCAGACUAAAGACAAUCUGGAGAACACGCUGGAGGCUCAGACUACAGACAAUCUGGAGAACAUACUGGAGGCCCAGACUACAGACAAUCUGGACGAAAUGCUGGAGGCCCAGACUACAGAUAAUCUGGAGAACAUGCUGGAGGCCCAGACUACAGAUAAUCUGGGCAACAUGCUGGAGGCCCAGACUACAGAUAAUCUGGGCAACAUGCUGGAGGCCCAGACUUCAAACAAUCUGGAGAACAUGCUGAAGACACAGAUUAUGACUGAGGAGCAGGUACACCCCAGCAAGAUACAGGACCAGAUCUCCGGUAAUAAUGCCCUGAUGAAGGAGAUGGCUGUGCGACUUACCAGCCUUAAGUCUAUACAGACAGCUGCAGAGGAGCUGAUCAAACAAGCCACUGAUUUGCAGGAUGGUGAUGCGAAAGAUAUUCCUCAUGGCACCAACAAGUUCUGGGAUGAACUACAACAGUUGACACAUACGCUGAAGCACAUGUCUGACAGGCUUGGCAAUCAGGAGCCCGCGGUGGAGCCCAGCCUCAUCCGGGAACAGCAGGAAACACUAGAGGAAUUAGCAUUACAGAACUCAAAUGUGAACCCUCUGAACCAGCCAGUAGAUCCCACUAGUGAACUAAUGCAGAUAGAAGGCGACCUUUUGCUGGGGCAGCCCAAUGCCACCAACCCCCAUGACAGACAGAGCAGGACGAACUAUGGACUCGGAAGACAAGUUGCUGUUGUUGAUCCUUCGAGGCAAUUUUCUGAAAAUGAAUUGGGAUGUGAUUACGAUGGACUACCAUCAGAUGAUGAGAGUAUUGUACUUUCAUCUGGUUCAAGCUAUGCACCAUCGGUACUGUCAGGAGAGGAUAGUGAAGAUGACGAUGAAGAUGACGAUUCAUCUGUUAUAAUUCCUGUAACACAAACAAACAAGAGAUCUUGGACUGCAAUAGGGAGAGUGGCUUCUAGUGAAGAUAUAGGAGAUAAUGAGCCACCCAGGAAACAGAGGACUUUACCAGUGUUGGGGCCAUCCACAUCUAGCGAGUUUGAUGCUACAAGCAAGAAUACUAGUGAUGGACAUCAUGGGAAGACGUGGAAGAAAUCUUGCUUUAAAAAUGUUUAUGUUGAAUCCUACAAAUCCAAUGAUGGCAAAAGGAACUAUUCUAAAAAGAGCUAUUGCUACUAUUGCAAGAACUUGUACAAGUCUAAGAUGUCAAAACACCUAUUCGCUGUCCAUGCAGCAGAACCAAGGGUGAGGAAAAUCAGUCAAAUGGAGGUGAAAAGCAAAAGUAAAAGAGCAGAGCUACAGAAAUUAAAUAAUGAGGGUAACUUCAAUCAUAAUGUUGAGGUUCUUCAGAAAGGAGAGGGGAAUUUGAUUGUGUACAGGAGACCAGGCGUCCCAGCAAAUGCAUAUGACUAUAUUCACUGUCGUUUUUGUAAAGGUUUUUACCAUCACAAACUUCUAUGGUCACAUGUCAAAACCUGCAGUUUCAAACCAGAUGGGGCUGAAAAUGACACUGAGAGAAACUUCAUUAGAGAAGCUAGAUGUGAAAUAGCCCCAUUUCUCCAACAACAGGAUGAAGAUAUUAAAAUGUUAGAUGAAGUUAUUGAUAAAAUGAAAGAAACCAAAGAAAAUCCUGGUCUGAAGAAAGUUUGUCAGGAAGAUGAGUUAAUAAGACAGUUUGGGUUGUAUCAUCUGGGAAGAUUGGGACCACUAGAAGAGCAAAGACUGAAAGACCAAGACAAUGUGAGAACAAAAAUGAGAAGCUUAGCCAGACUGCUUGUAAGAUUAAAUGGAGAGGAACUGUUCAGCUAUCCUUUAAGCCAUUUCAUCUGUGCUCAAAAAUUUGAUUUGGUGGCAAAAACUGUGAAAGAAAUGUAUCAAGAAAUUGGUUCAUCACAGCUGGGCUUAAACUUAGGACAUUAUAUAAAACAGGUAAGCCUGCUGAAAUCAAGCAUGUGCCUUCGCAGACAGGACUGUGGGCGGAAAAUAGAGGCAAACGAGUUCACGGAAAUGUUCGAUGCCGAGUGGAAGGGAAAGGUUUCAUCAGUCGCCAACAGAAGCAAGCGUCUAAAAGCAAUGAACAAAAGAUGUGAACUUCCUUCUACUGAAGAUUUGGUGUCCCUCAAAAAAUAUCUUGUGGAAGAAAUACAAAUAAAAAUGGAAAACCCAGCACCAACAUAUCCCGAGUAUGUGUACAUAACACACUUACUGAUCGCCCGCAUAGCACUCUUCAACAAAAGAAGAGUAAAUGAGGUCUCUGAGCUGAAAGUGAGUGACUUCCAGAAGCGAAUAAGAGGAGAUGAAUUAGACACAAACACCGAAAUCUACAAUUCCCUGGCUGUCAGUGAAAAGGCUCUGUUAAAGAGAAUGGAACUUCUUGAGGUGAGAGGGAAGAGCACUCGGGGACUGAGGAAGGUGUUUGUAAUUCUAAGCACCGACAUGGUGGAAGGUUUGUCGCACCUCUUGAUGGUUCGUGCACAGGCUGGUGUACCAUCAACAAACACGUUCCUAUUCUCCAGAUGUACAGAUUCACCACAGGAUGGCUGUGAAGCACUGAGAGUGGUCACAUCUAAGUGUCACAAUCUUGCCUUUCCAGAACGGGUCAGGACAACAAAACUGAGAAAGUAUUUGGCAACUACUACUCAGAAAAGUACCUAUGCAGAUAAGGACUGCUUAUCAGUAAGAUGGCUAUUGACUGGGAGGUGUAAUCUGGCCACAUGUCUAUGUGCUAAAGGGUUAAUUGCUGAUCACAUGGGACACUCUGUUGCCAUACAUACUGAAGUUUACAGAAUGCAGACGUCAGUGCUUGAACGAACAAAAGUUGCAAGGGCUCUUCUAGCUUUAGAAGAUGGUAAACUACAGGGGUUUAAUGGUCGCAACCUUUCGUCGGUCAGCCUUGAUGAAUUGCCUGAACCUGAACCUGAACCUGAACCUGAACCUUACGAAGCAGGGUCAUUUGAAGAAUUGUCUGAACCAGACAACAGCUAUGAGGAUGUUCCUGAAGUUGAAACAGAAGCUGUACAGAAGCCUCAUGCAUGUACAGGAUCAAAAAAACGAUGGUCGAAAGAGGAGGAGAGUGCUCUACGGGAAGCCUUUGACAUUCAGAUAAAAAUGCAGAAAAACGUUUCAACAAUGGAGAUCAGGAAAGCACAGAAGUGUUAUCCUGUGUUGCAAGGCAGAUCAGAAGCUGUUAUUCGGACAAAAAUAAACAACAUCAAAUUAGGAAAAAACAAAAAAAUAUGAACUGAAUUCAACCACUGCUAGAUAAGGGUAAUUUAAAAAAAAUAAAGCCAUUGGUUUACAGUUGUAUGAUCAUGAACAUUUUUUGUGUCAGAAUGCAGAAAUUGAUGAGUGAAUUGGACUUUGCAAAGACAUGUGUUUUUGAAAUUAUAAAUGACUUUCACUGUUUAGUUUUCGCAGUGACCUUUGGAGGAAAUUGCUUUUCCAAUCAAUAACUGGAGAACCGUUGGGCCAAGCUUUGUGAAACUUAAUAGGGAGGUUUGUUUUUUAGUUGACCUCUAUUGUUUUUAGGUCAAAGGUCAAAGUGACCUUGUAUGUUCAAACACUGUGAAAGAGUUGGGCCUAAGUUAAAGAAACAUAGUGUAGUUGGCUGUGACCAGUAGAUGGCACCUAUGAAUUUUCAGGUCACAGAAUAAGUUCAAGGUCGUAAGUGCAAUGUUGCAUAUAGAGAUAUUGUAUACUCUCAUUUUGCGACAAAUAUUGGCAUGGGGCAUCUGUGUUGUAUGGACAUAUUUCUAGUUCAUCAAGCGAGUUUGUAUUUGUACCUGCCAUGCACCGGCAUUGACUAAUGGAUCAGUCUGGGUGCAAGGUGUGCAGUCUGAUCUGGGUCACACUGUUUGCUAAUCACCAGUAAUUAUUGUAGAUCUCUUAUGAACAGCAUGGCCCAGUUUAGACUUCGAUCUCAAGAGCAGUUUGGUCUAAGUCAAUGCUGGUUGCUGAUGCAUGAUGGUUGCUUGUUGUACAUCAGACCUUAUUUGUACCUGUUUAAACAUUAUUUUCUUACUUUUGUCAGUUUUUUUUUUCAUUUGUUGUGUCAUUAUAUUUAAGGUCCAGUAGCACAGUUGUCAAUUACGUUGGAGCAGUAUUAGAGUCACUACAUUACUUAAACAUACUGAUCUUUUUUAGCUAUUGUGAUCACUAGGUUGUCGAUAUUGUCUGCGCCAUCGUCAGCCACGGCGUGCAAAAACUUUUAUGUAAGCCAUAACAUUGCCAUUUAUUAUCGCAAAUGGCAAGAGCGUUCAAAUGGCUAAUAUUUCAUUGAGUGUGACCUUCUUGGUGACCUUCAAAAAAAAGACAAGCAUUGGGGCAUUACGGCUCUUGUUUCAUCAAAAAAAAUAUUUGUUCAAGGUAACUACAAUUAGUCCUCUACAACUUUCACAUUUCAUUUAGUUCAACAGUUCUAUCACAUUUUACAAGUUUUACAUAUUUUUGAGAAAAAAAGUAAAGCUGUGCUACUGUGGACAUUUAUUGUUUUACUCUUUUUUAUUAUUAAUUAAUGAUCUUUAAGAUUGGUAUCUUCAUUCCAUUUUGGACAUGGUCUGGUCAGUAUUAGUAUUAUACAUAUGAAUGUUAGAAGGUUCAUAUAUAUAUAUGUUUGCAAUUACAAGAUAAAAAUGCAGAUACUAUUGCAGCCAAAUUGUGUUACAAUGUAUUACUAUCUGAUGUGUUGUGUGUCAUUGAAUAGCAUAAUCCAUGAGACAUCUUGCACCCAAGCUGAUCCAGGCAAAUGCUGGUCAUGCCCAAAGAAUUUUAUCUGCCAUUGAUUCUUAGAAUUGUAAGGUUUGUGCCCAGCACAUCAUCAGGCACAUUGAAUUUUUACCGUAAUGUAACAAUAAUACAUUGUUCUGGUUCUUACAUAGUUUCAAAUCGUGUAUUACUGUAUACAAAGUUCCCAUUUUAUGUCAUGGGCACAUGCAAGAUGCACAGAGUUGGCAAUAUUGAUAGUCCAGCAAUAUCAGUAGAUUUCUAUAUGAAAUGUAUAUAAACAGAAAUUUCAUUUUCUUUUAAUUUCAUCAUUUCUGGUCAUAUACCUAUCGUUCAUAUUUCAUUGGAAAGCUCUUGAAAUUCUUAAUUUGAAGAUGUCAUAAUUAAAAACUAAAAAUGAGGUUAAACAAACAGACCAUUUAUUGUUCAAUGUUCUUUUCAGUCAAAUUAUGGAAAAAAAAUCAUAUAGUGUAACUUUUAUGCUUAUAAUUUUCUGUAGACAAUAUUAUAUUGUAAAAUAUAUUUAUAUCUAAAAUGCAAAAUGAAUAACCGUUAAAAUGAUACCAUUUUGAGCUCACCUGAGCACGAAGCUUUUAGGAUCACCUUACGUCCGUUGUCCGUGGUGUGUCAACCUGCUUCAAAUGACAUCUCCUAAACUAUGCCAAUUUUGAUAAAACUUUACAAGAAUGAUCAUUGGGUGACCCUAUACUAAAAUUGCUUUAUUUGUUCUGCUUUUGUUGCACAAGAUGACUAUCAUUAGUAAAAAUAAAAAAAAUCUUUAAGUGGCAUAUUCUUUUAAACCACUACGCCAAAUUUGCCAAAUAAGUUUACAGAAGUGAUCCUUGGGUUAUCCUUGACAAAAUUGAUUAAAUCAUUUCUUUAUGAUGCAAGAGAUGGCAGUUGUCGCUAGAACAUUAUUGGAUAUUUUGACAUGAACUAGUAUACUAAUUGUUCAGGUGAGUGUCUAAGGGCCCUCGGGCCAUCUUGUUAAUAUACCCUUUCAGAGCUGUUAACAAUAUUUUUUUAUAUUAAGUUAAAAAUAACAGAAGCUAUUAACAUUUUCCCCCACUGUAAUUGUAAACUAUCAAAAUGGCUGCCAGAUUAUUGUAAAUAAGAACAAUAUAACUCUUAUCAGAUAGAAAAAUUGGUGCUUUGAAAACUAUAUUGAUAUUUUAUCUGUUUCUAUGUAUAGACGGCUUUGUAAAUUUCAUACAAUGAAUAGUUGGUUUCCUGUUGAACUAUUACGCCAUUUUGGCAUAGAACGUAACCAAAGAAUAUGUACUUUGUGAAGUUGUUUAGGUGAUGAGUUUCAGUACUGUUUCAGUCACUUUAAAUCUACACGUAAAAAAAUAUUUAUAAAUAUUUUAGAAUUCAUCCUCUUAUAAAAUGGAAAAGUUAAUGAAUACGUAAUAUACAUCUGUACUUUUUAAAGUUAGUAUUAUUUUGUAAAAUUGUUAUGAAUAAUUUUAUUCAUUAUAAAUCAUGUCAUGGAUUUUUAAUUACAUGUAAAUCUUAGUAUUGUGCUAUAGUCAUAAUUCUUUUAACUACAUUGUGAAAGUGUGACUUAGUGCUACUUUGACAUAAUAUAAUUGUUGUAAUAUCCUAAAAUCUGUUGUAAGUUUUGUUGCUUGUUAAUACAGUUCUACCGGUACUUGUUCUUGAGUUCAUAUUACUUUAGAAAUUAAUUAUGUUAGAUGUAUGUGUUUACAUCACACACAAUUGUGAUUCUACUGUAUAAUUAUAUAAGUAAAUAUGUCCAAUCUAGAAUCUGUUUUAUACUGAUUGCAUAAUUACCUUAAAGAUCGCUCACUGUUUAGCCCUUACAAUGCUGGAACCGAGUAUACUCGUCUUUUGCAAACAGUGUAGACCCAGAUCAGAGGGCUCCUAUAUCAGGGUCUGCACUGUUUGCCUAAGGAUAUGGUUUAACACAAGUCCAACUUACACUGGGAGAAUCAUUUCCACUAUGUGAAUAUCCCAAUAUAAAAUGUCAGAUAAUUAAUAUUCAAAAAGGGGAGGAGCAAACUUUAAAUAUUCAGCACUGUAAGGGUUAGGUAGGAUGUAUAAAAUACAUGAUAUCACUAGGAUUUGUUAUCUUGUAAAUGCAAGUAGUCACCAGCUUUUAUUUUUGGCCUGGCCUCCCCUAUAACUUUUUAACUUAAAAUACUAACAUUUUGCCUUACUAGAUAACUCAUUUUGCCUAAAGCAUUAUAAUGUUAUUGUAAUACAGAUUUAAUGUUACAUAGCUUUUCUGUUUAAUGAUUGACAAAUUUAAGAACAUACUUUUGAUAUUGACUCAUUUAUGAUGCAAUCUAAAUUUUGCUACAUAUAUCAUUAAUCAUAUACUGUCCAAGCGCUGGGAAUUUUAUAUUCUCUUUUUAAAUAAUCACGUUUGUAAUAGAAAAGUAAUUUUAUGUCUGUUAAGAUUUUUUUAUAGCUAGAAAAGCUAUGUUAGUCUAUUUGUUCGUAUUGUAAACUAUAUUGUUAAAAUCCAGUGACUUAUUAUAAGGCCAGAGAAAAAAAUAUAAGAUUCUCAUCCGGAUUUUUGUGACAAAAAGGGGCGGUGGACACUUUUUAAAUUUUAGCUCACCAGAGCACAAAGUGCUCAGGGGGAGCUAUUGUGACCGGCCUUAGUCCGUCGUCGUGCGGUGUGCGCCGUGUGUCAACUUUUUUACUUAAACAUCUUCUCCUCUGAAACUGCUCAAUGGAUUUUGACCAAAUUUCACAGGAAUGAUUCCUAGGUUUUCCUCUACCAAAGUUGUUUAAACCGUUCCAGUUGGUUGCAUAAGGUCACUGGGUCAAAAAUAGGUUUUCAAAAUGCAACUUUCAAACAUCUUCUUGUCUUAAACUACAAGGCCCAGAGCUUUCAUAUUUGGUAUAUAGCAUCAUCCAGAGAUCCUCUACCAAAGUUGUUCAAAUUAUGCCCCUGGGGUCAAAAUUGACCCUGCCCCGGGGGUCACAAUUUUACAUUGAAUUAUAUUAUAUAAGGAAAAGUUCAAGCAACAUCCUCUUUUGAACCGCUAAUGGGAAUUUAACCAAACUCAACAGGAAUGGUCCCUGGGUGGUCCUCUACCAAAAUUGUUCAAAUGGUUCUGAUUGGUUGUAUAAGUAGGUCAUGGGGUCAAUGGGGUUUUUAAAAUGCAACUUUCAAAAAUCUUCUUGUCUGAAACUACAAUGCCCAGAGCUUUCAUAUUUGGUAUGUAGCAUUAUCUAGAGGUCCGCUACCAAAGUUGUUCAAAUUGUUCCUCUGGGGUCAAAAUUGACUCCGCCCUGGGGGUCACAAUUUUACAUUGAAUUAUAUAAGGAAAACUUCAAAUGACUUGAACCGCUAAUGGGAUUUUGACCAAACUCAACAGAAAUGGUCCCUGGGUAGUCCUCUACCAAAAUUGUUCAAAUGGUUCUGAUUGGUUGCAUAAGUACACAUUGUCAAAAAAAAAGGUUUUUAAAAUGCAACUUUCAAAAAUCUUCUUGUCUGAAACUACAAGACCCAGAGCUUUCAUAUUUGGUAUAUAGCAUCCUCUAGAAGUCCUCUUCCAAAGUUGUUUUAAAUUAUGCCCCUAGGGUUAAAAUUGACCCCGCACCGGGGGUCACAAUUUUACAUUGAAUUAUAUAAGGAAAACUUUAAAUGACUUCUUAUCUUGAACCGUUAAUGGGAAUUUGAACAAACUCAACAUUAACGGUCCCCUUACCACAAUUGUUCAAAUGGUUCUGAUUGGUUGCAUAAGUAGGUCAAGGGGUCAAAAAAUAGGUUUUCUAAAUGCAAUUUUCAAAAAUCUUCUUGUCUGAAACUACAAGUCCCAGAGCUUUCAUAUUAAUUUGAUGUAUAACAUCAUCUAGAGGUCCUCUACCAAUAUUUGGUGGACAACAUUAGUGGUCCUCUGUAAAUGGCUCCAUUGUGACCUUUGACCUUUUCCUAAGGUGAGCGACCCAGGGCCCUUUGGGCCCUCUUGUUAUUUUUCAUUAACGAAAAACCGGAGAACAGUAGUAAAAAUUAUUUAAAAUUUUGAGAAAAAGGCAUUCAUCGUUACCCCGAACCUUUAUUAUUAUCAGCCAUGUUUUUUUCAUAUCAGGGAUGGUCUAAAACCCGUGGUGUCUGGAACAGUAUAUGUUCUGAUUUUUUUACAAAUAAU